AUGUCGACGCCCAAAUUGUUUGCCCCAACCCUUCGGAGUCUGAGACUCGCCCCGAGACGUACCGCCGGGCCUACCGCGCGGCAUAUACGAUGUUACACCAAAGCUGCCGCCGUGCCCCUGCCGGCCGCCGCAAGCCGAUCAACCCCAGUCCGAGUGCGCCGGUCGCCGUGGCCGAUUCCGUUGCAACAAAGGCCGUUUUCUGUCUCGGCCGCCGUUUCGCAUGGCCAUGUAGAGCCUCCCAAGCCCGGUGAAGAGCUCUACGUGACGUUCAUCGACAAAGAAGGUGUCGAACACAAGAUUGCCGUGUCCAAGGGUGAUAACCUGCUCGAUAUCGCGCAAGCGAACGAUCUGGAGAUGGAGGGUGCAUGCGGCGGGUCUUGCGCCUGCUCGACCUGCCACGUUAUUGUGCUGGACCAGGAUUACUACGACAAGAUGCCCGAGCCGGACGAUGACGAGAACGACAUGCUCGAUCUGGCAUUUGGGCUGCAGGAGACAAGUCGGCUAGGCUGCCAAGUCGUCAUGAAGCCCGAGCUGGACGGGUUGCGGGUGAAGCUGCCGUCCAUGACGAGGAAUCUGCAGUCGAGUGAUUUCAAAUGA